CUUCCUCCAACUGGAGAAGACGAUACACAAUGGAGGAUUUACUGAUUCAGAGAAUUGAUGUCACUGCAGAACCGCAAAAGUCAUCUCAACGCUUGGAAGGUUUCAGGCAUUAGACCGUAGUUUUUUUUUCCUAAUUGAGACUCAUGAAAGAUGUUUGUUAAAAAAGUCUUGCAAGUGUAGACGCUUUCUAAUGCAACUUUUUAAGUUUGGGUAACAUCUGAUAUCAUCAAAAGGAUGGGAAGACAGGAUUUUAGAUACCCCAGGCUGACCACACAUCUAAUCUACAUUUAUAAGUUUUAGUUACAAAAUGUACUCCAGAUUUCGUUAAACUAUUAGUACAUUGUAACAAUAAAAUUAUGUGAAAUUACAUGUGUAUCUAAACUAGUAAAACUCAGUUUAUUAUGUUAUUUUAAUCAUAUAACUUACAUUUUAUAAUCUAUAUGCUUUACGAUAUAGUCUAUAUCAGAUACUAACAGUUAUAAAUCUAUCGAUGCGCCAACAUAAAUUAGUCAAUUAGAUCAGAAAACAAUCUCUUGUUAGUUUUCCGUUUUCAUUAAUACGUUGAUACCGUCCAAUACCAAUACCAAUGCUAAAACUGUGAUUUGAUUACCUGUACGUGUAUGUUGUCAUAUUUUUAAGUAAAUAUGAAACACAAGUCAUUGAUAUAAUAGGGUUAAGUUUUCGUAGCUGUAGUCUUUACUUGUCCGCAUACAACGCGAAGCUUAGUCAGUCAUCCAUGUUUGUCAAUAACUCGAAUAGAAAGCGACUAAAAAGAAAUAAUAUUACCCUUAGAAAACACACAUUUGGUAUACCUUUAAUAAUAUUACCCUUAUUAAUUUUCAUUUAUAAAAGCAAUUUGUUAAUUCAUCAAUUUAAUAAAUAUAUCUUUCCACCAUAGUUGCAUUAUCAUCAGUUUGAUUAUCUCUUCCGAUAACAAUGUACAUCACGAUUUUUGUUUUCUUGUAGUCUAAGCUAAUUAGACCAAUUUUUUUGGUUAAAUACAAACCUUAGUAUCUUGUGUCACCAAUACAAACCUUCUAACUUAAGUAUUACAUUUUUCGUUUUUAAAUAAAUAUCAUGUUAAACUAAUACUAUUGUUUUUAAUUGUCUUUUUAUAAAUUUACUAAUUUUAAACAAAUAAAUAUUUUAUCUGCCUCCGGUAGAAGCUUUUGUGUUUUCCCUCGAUGUCUCCACCGUAUCUUGUAGGUUCGUGGCUGGUUGAAGGUUAAUUUACCGUCUGCAUUUGCCUUGACUUUACUCUUCACCUCCAACGGUUGGAAUGUCGGGACACUAAGUCUUUCCACUCUGUUAGUUGCGAGUCUGUUUGCUAGGCAUUCUCCUCAUGUGGUGUUUCGGAGCCGUAGCCAGUCACCUCCGUCGAAACAGUAUGGAGCCACCUUCGGGUGUGUGUUAGUCCAGACUGCUCUUUGAAGCUAUUCUCUUGGUCGCCUUAGGUGAUCAGGAAGCGGUUUGUUUGUUUGUUUGUUUUUUUUUUUUUUCUUUAGGAAGCGGUUUGUUAGGGAUAAUAUAUGUUGUCUCUUGUUCAAGUUUCAAACUAGCUUCAUUGCUUACUGUAUUAGUGAUUUGCUCUGGACCUAAAUCUUAUGAACAUAAUAGCUUUAAUUAGCAGAUUUUGGUUCAGUCAAUCUGUAGUCAAAUUUCAUUCUAGUAAUAAUAUUCACAUCUUUAGCAAAAAAAAAUAUAUUUUAUUUGCCUUAAUUUUGCAAUAAUAUAGUAAACAAUUUAGUCUUUUUCUUUUAACUUGUGUAGAAAUCUUUUUUAUGAAGCCGAAGAAAUGUAUACACUCAAACACUGUGUGGCAAUCAUUUAUAAAUGAUGUCGGCUAUGCAAGACGGACAAAAUCUGGAACCUUGCAAUUAACAAACACAUGAAAAGUACAAUUUUAAAAGCGAUGGAUUAAAAAAGUAUUUAGAGGGUGCCACAAGAGAACGAAAACUGAAAGCUAAGUUAAAAAAAAAACUAGUAAGAAAUUACCAAAAAAAAAUUGUAUUAAUUAACGUCAACAUACAUUAAAUUCAAAAAUGUUUUGUUUUGAGAAAAAAAUUCAAAAAUGUGACGAUAGUUUUGGGCAAAAGUGAAGAUGGCUACAAGUCUGUUGUGGAUUUUAUUAUUCAUAAAAUAAUUAUAAAAUUUGAAGAUAAUAAUAAAAUUUGUUACAAUAGUUUACAAAUUAAAUUAAAUUUAAACUCUUUUUAAAUGAAGUGUAUGAAUCUAUCAAACAUGAAUAACAUAAGAUUUAAUUUUUGUAUCUGAUUUUCUAAAUUGAAUGACCAUAAAUUUAAAAAUGAUUUAGUAAAAUAUUUAAAUACAAAAAAUAAUAAUAGCUAGAUUUAUUUUUAAAAUGAAAAUAUUGUAAAUACAAAAAUUAAUACACUAGAUUCCAAAAUCUUUCAGUAAAAUGUUUCAAAUACAAUAAUAAAUAAUUUACAAUUUUAAUACAUAUUUUUGAAACUUAAUUUAAUAAAUAUUUUACAAUAAACUAUUAGAUACUAAUGGGUUAUAAAACCUGAAAUAAUUAAUUUCAAAUUCAAUGUUAAAUAAGACACCUAAAUAUAUUAUUUAAAAAUGCGAAAUAUUAAGGUAGAGGAGGAAAAAAGGGAAGACAAAUAAAAACCAGCGAAAGCAACGUGGUGCAUGAAUGAAACCAAUAAUAAAUGCCUGACGCUUCCCACUCAAUUUCUCGUUUUCGUUAAAAGAAUCAUAAAAGAACAAAUUACAGAUCGAAUCGAAUCUUUAAUUACAUUAUCAUCAAUAGAAUAACAUGACGAACAGUUCUCUUUUUCUUAAAUCUAAAGAUACAAAAAAAAAAAAGUUAAAUAUAAAAGAAGAGUGUUUCGCUAUUUUCUUUUCACUUUUUCUGUGACUUCUCUCUUUCCAACCGUUUCCUUUUUCCUUGUCUCUCUCUGAUCAUGGCUUCCUCUGCAUCACCUGGAGUGAAAUUUGUGCCAGAAGAGGAUAACUUCUUGCAGAGACAUGUGGCCUUCUUUGACCGGAACAAAGAUGGCAUCGUUUAUCCCUCGGAGACAUAUCAAGGGUUUAGAGCAAUCGGAUGUGGAUAUCUCUUGUCGGCAUUUGCUUCUAUGUUCAUCAACAUGGGUCUAAGCAGCAAAACUCGUCCGGGUAAAGGUUUCACCUUCUCAUUUCCCAUAGAGGUUAAGAAUAUUCACCUUGCCAAACAUGGCAGCGAUUCAGGCGUUUACGAUAAGGAUGGCAGGUUUGUGGCAUCAAAGUUCGAGGAGAUAUUCGCGAAGCAUUCAAAGACACAUCCCGAUGCUUUGACGGGGGAGGAACUCAAACAACUCCUCAACGCAAACAAAGAGCCUAAUGAUCGCAAAGGAGCGAUUGCUGGAUAUACGGAGUGGAAGAUGCUGCAUUAUUUGUGUAAAGACAAGAACGGUCUGUUGCACAAAGAGACAGUGAGAGCUGCGUACGAUGGUUCUCUUUUCGAACAACUCGAGAAACAAACAGCUUCUAAGGAGCAUCCAUAAACAAACUCUUAUAUGCUUUGCGAAUCUGUUUUAUUUGUUAAAAACUUUUAUUACAUCAAUGUUAUCUUGAACAAGCGUGAAGAUUUCAAUGGGUUUUAUUUGUUAAAACUUAAAACUAUAGUUUUUUAUUCAUUGUGUACGUACUUGUAUAUUUUGGGAUAAUUCAUUCAAAUUAAAAGCAAACAUAUCUCAAUC